AUGGAGCCCUUCCUCGGCUGCACCGGCGCCGCGCUCCUGCUCUGCUUCAGCUACGCCGGUCUGCGCCCGGUGGAGGCAGACAGCCCUUCGGCUCCAGUCAAUGUCACAGUCAAACACCUGAAAGCCAACUCGGCCGUGGUCACUUGGGAUGUCCUGGAGGACGAAGUUGUCAUUGGAUUUGCAAUUUCCCAGCAGAAGAAGGACGUGCGGAUGCUGCGCUUCAUCCAGGAGGUGAACACCACCACCCGCUCCUGUGCCCUCUGGGACCUAGAGGAGGACACUGAGUACAUUGUGCAUGUCCAGUCCAUCAGCAUCCAAGGCCAGAGCCCUGCCAGUGAGCCAGUCCUCUUCAAGACCCCCAGGGAAGCUGAGAAACUAGCCUCUAAAAAUAAAGAUGAGGUGACAAUGAAGGAGAUGGCGAAGAAAAACCAACAGCUGCGAGCGGGGGAAGUUCUCAUCAUUGUUGUGGUGUUGUUCAUGUGGGCAGGGGUGAUCGCCCUGUUCUGCAGACAAUACGAUAUCAUCAAAGAUAACGAGCCCAACAACAGCAAGGAGAAAGCCAAGAGCGCCUCGGAGAACAGCACACCCGAGCACCAGGGCGGGGGCCUCCUGCGGAGCAAGUUUCCAAAAAACAAGCCCUCAGUGAACAUCAUCGAAGCAUGACAGCCUGACACCUGAGAGAUGGACUCCAUGCCUCACUCUCACUCUGCCUCUGAGCCGUGAUGACUGGGGAGGUGAAACAUUGUCGGAGCGAUUUGCAAAACAAGACCUCGUGAUUGUCACUCGCUGGCAUCCACCUCCUCAUCCGUGUUUCUGCAAAGCAUCUGGCCAGGAAAGGAAAUCCUGCAAAAAACAAAACAAAACAACAAACCAAACCCUGACACCCAAACAAAGAAGAUGGAGAAGAAUCAGUGAUGCUGGAGUGAUCUGUGAAUCAGAUUGGAGCAACGUCUCCCACGCUCACGCUCCAUCUUCUGGGACAGUUUUCCUGGUUUUUGGGAAUGCACAAGGUUCUGUUGUGUCUUUCUCACUGUCACUCCAUCCCUGGCAGCACUCCCAGGCAUCAGGCACGUCCCUCUCUGAGCAGGAAUGGAGGGAAGUUCAUGGCAAACACCACCGAGAAGCCAAAUCUUGGCUGCAGCGCGCUCGGGCCUCGCUUCGUCCAUCGAUGUGUGUCGUGCACCACGUCCUGCAGGUGGGUUUUUCAAAGGAAAAAGGCAUCCCCCGGUUUCCAUUUCCACCAGGAGAACUUCCCUGGCUGUUCUCCAGCUGGGCUGCAGCACAUUCUCCACUGCUGCCGUCUCUCCUCUCUCACACUGGUGCUCUUCACCUCAGACAAGUCGGGGAACACUGAGGCACAGACCAACAUGAGGGGAAACACCAGAAGCUGUUCUUUAGCUUCCAGGAUAAUUUCAACCAUUUCCUUUGUGGUGUUUUCAGAUGGGCCUGACUCCACCACCAAUGGGAUAAAAGGUCCAUAAAAAUGUAGCCAGUCAGCAAAAAAAAAAUACAGAAAAAGACAAAAUACCUGAUGAUACCGGUUGCUAUGCAAGGUCUCCAGGGGCAGGAGCUGUUUAUUGUGGAAGGCUCUGGCCUGAGGGGCCUUUUUUUUGAGGGCUUAAGUUCUUAAAAUGCUUCUUUUAGUCAAGUUUCUGUGUGGGAAGGGCUGCUUCUCCUGGAAUGGCAGGAGUCUGCUGGAGACAGCCCUUCCCAAAAAGGGAUGAGGAUGGAGGGGGAAAGGGCUGAGUUUCUCCUCUCUCUUAAACAAGUGCUGGAUGUUUGUAAGCUGACAGGAUCCCUGGGGAUUGCUGGUGCUCUGGAAAGCUGGGAGAUGCAGGACCAUGACAUGGAAAAGAUUUAUUCUUUGUAGUGUGCCAUGGGGUAUCUGUGUUUAUUUAACUCCUCCACAAGACCACUCCACAUGCACUUAGGGGAUGAGGUAGGAUCCGAAUUGUUCCAUCAAAUGCCAACAGAGGUUGGCCUGAGGAAGCUUUGGAGAAGCCUGGGUGGGAGCUCCUGAGCAGGAGCAGCCUGGCAGUGAGGAGCUGCCACCUCUCCUCUUCCCCUGCCACCAGCUUUUCCCAAAGAGCUGGUUUGGGAAAAAGGCACCGGGGAGUUCUCCUGAAGAUGUUCCUGCUUCCAGGCAGGCCAACCCCAAAGGUGGCUCCAGGAUCCUUUGCCUGAACAGAUUCUUCCAUCACCAAGAAGGAGAGGUCACCACCUCUGAUACAGACAGAGCAAUAAACAUUUUAUAAUGUACAAUAAAAGAUUAAAGGCA